GAGGUCCUGAAGAGGGGGCGGCGCAUAACAAAAAGUAAUGGCCAUCUAUUUGGGUCCUGAAGAAGGAGGGGUAUUUCUUGUCGAACUAUCGUAUGCGUGAUUGAGUUUUCUUCGUGCGUUUGUCCGCCAGUGAUAUCCAGUUGCGCCUCAACCGUUUUCCGUUUGACGCCCGUCGGCUUGGGUCGCAGAACGGUUAAUACGCUGGCUGAACUUCGUACCGCGUUUUAGGGUUAACGCAGGCAGCUAGCCACGCUAACGUUAGCUACCACCAGCGCUGCUGUGUGUGAGAGCCAACGUCUGGAAGGGCGUACGAGUUUGACGUUUUCUCCCCGAAGUCUCCUCACAUUUUCUGAGUUAAGUACUACGCGGGUCCUUGUUACUCAAAGCUAACACGGCCAGUCAACAUGGAGGGGGCACACUUUGCGAGAGCGUGAAGACGGCGACACACGGUGACUAAAGAGGAUUAAAAAGCAGCUCGGUCUUGAUGGGGAAAAGUUGAGCUGAGGAUUAACAACUUGGAAUAAACUGAAGAAAGCUUUCAAGUGUUACCUAUUGCACACGGGCAUGCUAAAACCUCAGUGAGUGAGGAGUGUGAACGCCUGCUGGGAUUGGUUUGCCUACACGCAGUAGAACAGAUUUGAUGUUUUACAACGGGCUGUGCCAUUUAUACUGUGAUGGAGUCCACGGUUGUGAGUACAUCCACUCUGGCCCCUGAUGAGUUCGAUAGGAAUGUGCCGCGGAUCUGCGGCGUGUGCGGCGACAAAGCCACCGGCUUCCACUUCAACGCCAUGACCUGUGAGGGCUGCAAGGGUUUUUUCAGGCGCAGUAUGAAGCGCAAGGCUGCCUUCACUUGUCCCUUUAACGGCAGUUGCACUAUCACCAAGGACAACAGGCGCCACUGCCAGGCCUGCCGGCUCAAACGCUGCGUGGACAUUGGCAUGAUGAAAGAGUUCAUUCUGACAGAUGAGGAAGUGCAGAGAAAGAAGGACCUGAUUCAACGAAGGAAGGAUGAGGAGGCACAGCGCGAAGCAGAGAGGGAGGCACGGCGGCCCCGGCUUACCGACGAACAGAGUCAGGUCAUCGCCACGCUGGUGGAGGCACACCACAAAACAUAUGACGACUCCUACUCCGACUUCUGCCGUUUCAGGCCUCCUGUGCGUGAGGGCCCGGUGACGCGUAGCGCCAGCAGAGCUGCCUCUCUCCACUCUUUGUCUGAUGCCUCCUCUGACUCCUUCAGUCACUCUCCAGAGUCAGUAGACACCAAAAUGAACUUCAACAACCUGCUGAUGAUGUACCACGAGCAGGGCAGCAGCCCCGACUCCAGCGAGGAGGAGGGCUCCAGCUUCUCCAUGCUGCCCCACCUGGCUGACCUGGUGUCCUAUAGCAUCCAGAAGGUUAUUGGCUUUGCCAAGAUGAUCCCUGGGUUCAGGGAGCUGACUGCAGAGGACCAGAUCGCCCUGCUCAAGUCCAGUGCCAUUGAGGUGAUCAUGCUGCGCUCAAAUCAGAGCUUCAACCUGGAAGACAUGUCCUGGAGCUGUGGUGGGCCUGACUUUAAAUACCAGAUCAGUGAUGUCACCAAAGCGGGCCAUACUCUGGAGCUGCUGGAGCCACUGGUGAAGUUCCAGGUGGGCUUGAAGAAGCUCAACCUGCAUGAGGAGGAACAUGUGCUGCUGAUGGCCAUCUGCUUGCUUUCUCCAGACCGCCCAGGUGUGCAGGACCACGCACGAAUCGAAGCCCUCCAAGACAGACUGUCCGAGACCCUGCAGGCCUACAUCCAGCUUCACCACCCAGGAGGACGGCUGAUUUAUGCCAAGAUGAUCCAGAAACUGGCCGACCUGCGCAGCCUCAACGAGGAGCACUCCAAACAGUACCGUUCGCUCUCCUUCCAGCCGGAGCACAGCAUGCAGCUCACCCCGCUGGUGCUGGAGGUGUUCGGCAGCGAAGUCUCCUAGAGGCCAGCUCAGAACCUGGGCAGUGAUGAGGAAGCCAGAGACAAGAGCCCUCGGGGUUAAAAUGUAGGGAGAGAGCAGAGGUGUGGCAUAUGAAGCGAGUGGAGGAGAGAACGUGGUGUGUAUGUGUGUGUCUGCAUGCUUGUGUUGGGUGUGUGGUUUCAUGUGUGUCUUGUCUGAAGAAGUCUAUGUUGGCGUAAAGGCCAAGGUUAUAUGGAGAGCAAGCAGGUGUUAAGAGACACAGCAAACAAGGAAGCUUCAUAUAAUACAUAUAAAACUAUACAUACGUCUGCCUAUAUACAGUGUUUUUGUCUGUAUUUAAAUCAACAAACAAGCUGCUUUCAAAUGUCUGGACAUUUUGUGUGUGUACAUGACGUGCACACGCCAACACAACAAAGCAUUCUCAGUUAUUCACUUAGCCAUUCAGUUGAGCUACCUCUUGUUUUUACCGGGGUUGUUUUCUACAUCACCUACGUGAAACAGCAACUUUUACACAGAACAAUUUAGAUACAGUACGGACUACAUUUCAUUUUAUCAGUGCAAACGCAGUGCCUGCACAUUACUUGGAAUUUUUUGAUGUUUCAGAAAUCUUGUCUUUUGUUUUUUUUCAUCUGCUUCUCUCCAGGGCAGCAUAAUGUAUAUGACUGUGUAUACAAUUCAAACACAUGCCUUUCACCUUUUCACCAAAGGUAUGGUCAAUGACUUUCUUACAAGGCUUCCAGCACCUAAAAAUAACCUUGCUGCUCCGUGGCUCGAUUCACGCAUGCCUCACAGCCUAUGAAGGAAGCUGUCAUUAUUUAGGUUUGCUGCAGAGAAGAGAACACAGUCUGUUGUUUAGUGAGGUUUUGAAGAUGACUCUGGGGUGCCUGGUUUUUCGAGGUUAGAAUUAGCCACUAAAUGUGUUACUUUUACACUGCUAACUGUCAAUCGAACCAAGCCUGCAUUAAGGCUUGUUACACUCUUUUGAUUUUGUUUUUCAUUCUUCUUCUCUUCUGUUUUGUUGUUUAUUUCCCUGUAAAUAGUUAAUUACUACCACAUAUAUCCUAAGCACUGUUAUAUACCACCUUUUACUCAAGCCUAUGUAUUGAUAUACAGUAUCUAUAUGAUCACAGAUUUUAAAGGGCUAAUUUGCCAAAUCUAACUGGAAUAGUAAAUCGAGGCCAAAGCAACAGGCCUGUCUUGUUAAUAUAUAGCUGCAUACCAUGCUUGGAAUUGGCAUAUAUACUGUUGUAAUUGCAAUGGAUGUUUUUUGUUUUCUACGCUAUUUCUUCACCUUUAAAAACAAUUCCAUGAAUUGUUCCUCCUCAGUAUACCGUGUUCUCGGUGGGCGGAGAGCUUGGGAAGCUGCUUCAGACCUCCACAGAUAUCACACCCCUUUCUUUUCUGACAGGGAAGUGAAUUUUCUAGAAUGUCUGAGGGCUUGGUUGUGGUGGUGCGCUCCUGUACACCCAGGCCCUCCUGUUUGAUGACGUAUGCUGCGCAGCCCUCUAGUGGCUGCAUUGUGUAAAUACCAGGUAUAUAUAUACAGUAUAUACAUAUAAUAUGUCUGCCGCUGUACAUAGGGCUACAUAGAUAUUUCUCAAGGCAAAUCUUUUCAGAAAUAUAUAUGCAAAUACAAUAUUGACCCUUUCUUUUAAUUUUGAAUCAUUAUCACUGCGUUCUGAGACACUAUGCUUUUUUUUUCUUUUUCUUUUUUUUUUUUUUUUACUUUGAUCAUCAUUUUUGGUGAAAAGGAGUUGGUAUUGGCUUAAACAGGGAUUGCUUGUGUAUUUGACUAAGUCAAGCUAUUAUUUGUUUCGUGGUGGGUUGAUGUUUUUGCCUAUUUUCCAAGGUUUAUUUUUAGAAAGAGGACAAGCUAAAACAUACCACGCUGCUCUCUAAUAUAAGCCAUAUAAAUCACCAAGCUAGUUAUACACCCGAUACAUUACAGUGCAUUGAAAUGAUGACUCCAGAGCCAUGGAUAUUCUCAUUAUAUAAUCUCCUAAACUCAUAUGCUAUUUAUCCAUGGUUUAGGGGAAGAUAAGCUUGUUUAUGAUAGGAACUCCUAUGCUGUCUCUCUGCUGUCAGUCAUCUUUGGCUUGUGCUUCAUCAGACAGCAUCUAAUGGCUUGUAAAACCAAACUGUCUAGAUGAUUUAAACGCUUAGGUUUAGAGGUCAGUAAUGUAUGGCUUGCUGCAUGUGGGAUUAUUGUAAAAUUAUAUGCGAAGACAUCUUCUCUUUAUAGCAAGACAAUUUCCCCCAAAGAAGUGUCAAGUCAGAUUCCCACCAAGUUCAGGUGAUUUCACAAGAUGCAACUUGGCUCAAAGGAAUAAUUUGCAGAGAUGACACAAAAGUCUCAAACUUUCUUUUUGUCUUCUAUUUGCUGUGUGACAAAAGACAUCUAUUAAAACGUUUCCUGUGAUUGGCCAUAGGGGGCUCCUACGUCAGACCGAGGGCCUCCUUCAGUGGAAAAUGGUGUGAGAGAGAGCAUACGUCUGUUGUUGAACUGAGCUGGACUAUGUUUUCACAAGUGCUUUGUGAGACCUUUUGAGAGUUUGUUGCUUUAAUUUGUUUAGUUCACUUUUUUAUUAUUAUUUUUUUUUUUAAACCUACCAUAGGAUUUUAUAUCCGUUCUCCGUCACUGUGAUACUCUAAAAGCUGACAGUCGGGGCUGGACAUGUAGAUUAUCUGCAUAGCACAGAUAGGUAAAUAGUUUUAGGAUGUUUCCAUAUUUACCUAAUUAUAAUAAGUUUGGUUUUCUUUAUGAAAACCAUUGGGAUUGUUUAGUGAUAUAUAAUUUAAAAUAAAAUUCCACAUAUGUCCCACAAAUCUCCCUGCUGUGAUUGAACUUUAAGGAGUAGAGGCUCGAGGGUCUUUAGGCAGUACCACUCAUGUAUAGUAUGUCAGUUUGAUGAGGGGUAUGAUGUGCUUGGUUACUGAACACUGACUUUUGAAGAUUUGAAAAGUCUCCAUGUUGAUUUUCUCUGAAUACAUACUUCGGGAUGUAGAUCUGGGUUUGAUUUUGUUCUGUGUUGUUUGUGAGAUAGAGAUGUGGUGUUGAUUUGUGUAUGUUUAAUACAGUGGAAAGUUUGGUGAACAUGUAAGUGCCACGGGGAGAGUUCCCUCCACACAAAAACAGGGUAAAAGGGGAGUUGCUCUUGGGGAUUUAAAAAAAAAAAAAAAAAAAAAAAAAAAAACUGACCAGGAAGAGUCUUGAGGAUGUAUCAUAUAGUCGCUAAUUUAAGAAGUAGAUUUCGUUCAGUAUUGCAUAGCAUCAUGGGGAAUUCUCACUUUUCAUAAGAAGGGAAACCCCCCUUUUCCCCUUUUAUGACUAAAUGAAUAUGUGAUUAAAUGUUGUUUUUGGGACCUUUUCCCCCAUUUAAUUCCCCACCCAACAUACUGUACAUAACAUGCAAAUACAUUUAAAUCUAAAUGUGGUGCAUCCCCAGAGUUUCCUGUUUGGUUUUACUAUGGUAGGCUGCUCAGAAUCCGUAAGUUCUUAACUCUGCAUUGUGGUUGUUCUAAUACUGGAACUUGAAGACCAUAUGUCAGCGGAAACCCGCCACAAAUUAGAUGGAUGCAUCUUUGGUGAGAUUUCCCCCAUGAUUGGCAACAUAACACCGUAACAAUGCCUGCAAUAUACAACUUAUGGUACACUAUCACCAGCAAGCUUUACAGUUUAUCAUGUUAGUAGACAUUUUUAAAGUUUUUUGUAUAACUGUUGCUAUUAUAAAUCCUGUCUGAAAAAACACGUAUGGUAUCAUUCAUAGAAAACAGUAGGCCAUCUCCCAUGCAAAGGCUUUCAAGUCUUUUAUUUUUUGUUCCUCCCAUUAGGACAGGGAUUGUAAUGGAAUCAACUUAAUGUAGUUCUUACAAAAAGGAGUGUCCGCAAUGGAUGUACACCAUAAUCUACCUAAAAAACCUACCUCUUUUAGCUCAGAUUUUGCUUUAGCAUUAAGCAUUUGCCUCUGUUUUUACUUUUGUAAUAUUUGUAUUCGUGUUGGUAUUUAUUGCUGUCUAAUGAGUCAUACUUAAAUGAUUACCUCAGAGAUAUCUCACAGAUUUGGGAGAGUCCAGCUAAUGAAGUCCUACAUAGUUUUAUUUGGGUUUUUUGUACAGUUUUUUUUUUGUUUUUUUUUUUUUGUUCUUCUCAGACUUAGUAUUGCCGUUUUUUGUCCUUUUUUUUUUUUUUUUUUUUUUUACGCACAAGAUACCAGGAGUGUUUUUAAUAUAGUGCCUCCACACUCUGAACAGCGGUGCUCAGACUAGGUAGGUUGAGGCUGAAUUUACUCCACAAAAGGAAAUCCAUCUCUGCAUCUUUGUCCUUUCGUUCUAUCCUUGGGAUUCCUUGGUAAUUUUCUGCAACGGGUGUAGUUGUCACGUUGCUGAUGUCUACCUUAUCGUUAUAGUCCUUAAGGGCAAACUGAAGAGGGGGACUUUGCGGAGUGAAUGCAGUUGUAAAGAAGGAACAAUCUGAAAGACAGUAGGAUAAACGAGAGAUGUGUUUGCGCUCAGCUUGGUACUGUUUAGCAUGGUCUUUGCUCUGUAGUACGCUAUCCUUACCUGGUCUCUCUUAUUUGCCUCGUCAUUUCCUCCAUAUACCCUCUUUUGUCUUCACUUCUCCUUCUGUCCUAAAGUCUGUUCCCGCACCUUUAUCAUUCCCUGCCGAUGUUUUGUCUAAACAAGGGGAAUUAGGAGAAGUGAAAUCCUCAGUAUCCAUGCAAUGCUGCUUUUAUCUGGAGCAUCGCCAAGUUGUCCGUUAUUGAGGCUACACAAUGUGGUGCAGCGUCCUAAGUGUCGGUCACUUUGGCUCAUUGGAAGAUUGUGUCUUUUGAAAACGUGUGCAACUUAGUGAUGCUUAUGUGGGGGGGUGGGGAUUCCUUUCAGAUCCUAGUAUCAUAUUAACGGAGCAACUACUCACUUUGGUGAAUUUAAACCAAUUUCUUUUUUUUUUUGUAUUCAUGUCAAACUGCUUCAGGUAAACACUGAAUGAAAUAAGAGAGUUUUUAUUGAUCAGUGAAUACUGAGGAACAAUGUCGCCAUGGUCACACCUACCCUGAGCUGUGUGCCAUAAUAAGACCCUUUUAAUGCAGGGGAGGGUGUUAAUGAAGCUGGCUUCAGAUGUUCCCCAGCUUAAUUUGACUGGGACGGUUGUCUGAGUAUUAGAUUGGCUUCAUACUCAGUACUCCGUCAGCCAUGUGUAUUGAUCUGUGUAUAAGGAGCAAAUUUGAAUUUGGCAUUGAAUUCUCACCCUGCAUUGUGAACCCAAAUCAUGCCACAUUCAAUUUAAAUGCCUGAACCAACAAAAGCACUUAAUGUAAUGUUUGUAAUACAUGCAUACUGAUAAAUCUACUAGCCAUAAACUGCCUGUGUAGGUCAGCAUGAUAUGGCUCCAAUUAUUGAAAAAAGUUACGUCACUUAAAUUCUAAUGUAAUUGCGAUUUAUCUUGUCUCUUUUUUUUUUUUUUUUUUUUUUUUUUCUUCAAAGAUCUUCUUUUUUUUCUAUUAUAAAUUGGUGAUUAUGUAAUGUUAUUUUUGUCAGAUGUUUUCCAAAUCAAAAAUAAACGGUUGUACAUAG